UAUCUUGUCAUUAUCCAUCUCAAUCCAUAGGAAAAAGUUGUCCUACUUUCAGGUUGUAGAACGACUCUUCUUCUAUCAUUUUAGAACCUGAACUUGUUGUACUUCAAUUGAGAAGCCUUAUUCUCAAAUAAACAAAGUACAACUCAUUAUUUCCUUUGAAUGAAUGAAUGUCUGCUCGUCGACACUGUACUCAAAUCAAUAUCAAAGCAAAAGUCGAAGUAGCGGUACUAUGAUCUUCAUUUGUUGAACUAGAAGUUCACGCUGCACCUGCAGUGUACUACUAGAACUUCUUACACUAGAAAGCCAAAGCACUUUUUCACCUUGUUCAUCGAUCAACCAGUGCUUCUUGUACUUCUUCUUCUAUGUAUAAAUAUCUUCGACAUAUAAUCUGUAUCACAUCAAGUCAACAAGAGAACACAAACUACAAUAACAAGAGGUGGUCGUGGACACGACAAACCUCCGAAGAUGAGUGUCUCGCCACGCCCCUUGGCAGCUCAUGCUUCUGACCCGAAUCCAUUGGCAAGCAGGUACAGUCACGGUCUCAGAGAUCCCCACGAUGAGGAUCACAUCGGCUACACGAAAUCGUUCAGUCCACCGCCUGCUGCUAUGUUGAGAUUAUAGUGCUGUAGAAGUAGUAGUAAUUUUAUUGACUUAUUUUUGAAGUAGUUGUGUAGUUUUUACCGCUAUGCCCGAUCAUGAGAAGUUAGUAGUGUUAGUUUUUAGACUUUUUUUGAACUUCCCAUUCAUUCUACUGUCCUUCUCGUCUAACCUUCCUCUACGUCCUGGCAGUGUCCCAUGGGAGCAAUGGAAGCCUGGAACGAGGUUGCCAACAGAAAAGUUCGAGUUCCCCAGUGAACAGCCUGUGAGGGUAUUUUUUUUUUAAACUCAUGUCUGCCACUCAUGUCUGCCAGUUUUCCCGGUAGGCCCACAACCUAACCUAAAACUGGCUUCCUCGUCGUCCUGACAUUGACAUGAUUGGCAACGUGUCCGAUACACCCAGUUCGUCGAGUAUGCGAGAAGGGUGUCAUUUCGAUGAGCCUGAGCAUACGGUUUCAUCUCUGUAAAUUUAAAUCACAAACUACACAGGAUAAGGUAGUUUCAUCUCUGUAAAUAAAUCACAAACUAGUAGUACACUACAACAAUCAACUACAUUCAUCUUCAUCAAAUUCAAUCGCAAGAAUUGCUGUCGCUCACUCUCCUCCCACCAACAAACCAAUCAGAGUGAAAGUGCUAUUGCAGGACUAUCGAUGUGGGGCCAAUCGGAUAGGACGACCUCUGAAGACCACGCUAACGCCGAUGUUGACCAGCACCAGGCAUACUAUAAUGAUUUAAUCUAUCAUGGUGGGCGCGGAUCAGAAGGUUAAGGUGCUGGUUACCUCUAGUUCUAUUGAUUUCAAUCCAUCUCUGUAAGAAGGAAGAUUCUGAAUGAACCGAGAGUGAAGUAGAUCAGGAUCUACGAGUACUAGCUAGUAAAGCUCCUGCUCGAUCUCUAGGCUUUUCACUUCCGCGGCCGUUUUCAUUCUAGGGAACACACUGCCGGAAUUGAUUUGUCCCCUCAUUAGGCUAGGAGGACUAAAUGGGACACCAUCAUGAUGAUCGAUCUCUAAGCUAGCGGCUUCGAGGAAGACGAGGGAGGAGGUGGUCCGGUUUUUCAUGCUGGGCACGUCGAACAACUCCUCCAAAAUGCAAGUGACGACGAUGAGGCACCUUUACACAAGCCCCAACCUAUUCGAGGAGGUGGACUGCAUCCCCUAGGCUCAGCAACUAAGGGGUAUACUAUUAAGGUUCGAGAUAAUUCAUUUCCAAAGCAAGAGGAUCGUCGAAGGAGUAUACUAUAGGAUACUCUUGAGGUUCGAGAUAAUUCAUUUCCAAGGCGAAUGUUAUAAAAAGAAAUAUGAUAGAGAUGAAAGCCCUAUUGCAUGUAAAUUGUUCUGGUAUUUGGUAACCUGAUUUUGAUCAUGAGGACUUUCAACUUGUCCUCCUACUCUAAGCACAGGGUUAGGAAUGCUGUCCACCUUUAAUUUGAUCAUGAGGAAAACAAGAAGAGAACCCUUGUGAUCAAAUUCGUCUAAUACUAGAGCCCUUGAGGCAUCGAUGGCUGGUGGAGCUCGUAGUGCGAGCCCGCCUGGACUGGAGGACGGCUACGACGCUGUUAGAGGCUACGGAGGGAUCUACUCUGCGCAACAUAGAGAUAUGGUGAUGAGAUUGAGAUAAAGUCAGCUUUUACUACUCGAAAACAGGAAAUAUGCGAGUUACUGAGUAAAAUUAUAUGGGACGUAGCUUGUAGUAAAGGCUAGUACCCUUCGUCCUUCACUCUCUCGGUUAUUCUUAUCAGUUACUUGCUUAUUUCAGUUUUUCGAGUACGAUCAUGUACUUACUUCGAGAACAAUAAUUCUGAGCUUCUCCUUACUUACAACUUGAGAAUAAACACGAUCGAAUUUUUUGAACAAGAUCAAAAUGUUGAUUAGAAGUGAGUCCUCACCGCACCACCCGAUCCCCAUUCCCAAUUCAUCCUGAACCAAAGCGCAGUAGAGGACGACCAAAUAGUGGAACAUUUGAGUCAUGAAUUGCGGAGACAGUUGGCUUUGAGAGCUUCUAGUGCGGCUCCAGAAUUGUGGAAUUCGAAGGACGAAGCGAGCAGACGAGAGAGACACGUCGUAGAAAGGCGAGCAGCAACAGCACUAGCUGGUGCACCAGGCGCAGGAUUUUCACCGGAAAGAUCGACCCCGCAGCCGAAGCAAUUUAUGAUGUCCGUUUUUGUGACUUGUCGUAGUUGUAGAUGUCCAUGGCGUGAAAUUGAUAGAAAUUAAUCCGUGACGAAACACUAUAACUCCCUGAGGCAGUCUGCACUGAACCUAGUGCGACAUGAUUAAUAAAUUGUAAUACUUCUAUAUUUUGUAGUAAGUACUUCUAGGAAAUUUUAUAUUUAUAUAUUGUAGUACUUCUAGUUGUUCUGUUCAUCAAUCACAGCAUCAAGGUGCAGUAGCAGUACGAGACGAUCGGGAGCAAGAACUACAGCAGCUGCACCAGCAUCUUCAAGUGAAAUAUUUCAUCGAUUUUCUGUAGGAUACAUGCAACCAAUAGUUGCUCUAAUCCUUCCGGAGGUGGUGGUGGCUCCUCUUCGAGUACUGGUUCUGCUGGGCGUGAGCGUCUUUCCUCCUCCAAAACGCAUGGUCCUGGUUCCACUUCCAAGAAGCAUACAUCCAACACCUAUGACAUGCCAGCCGCUGAACCAGCUGUGCGUCAAGAUUCUAGGAGUGCGCCACAAAGUCUGGGCCAACUGCUAGCUGAAAUGGAAGCGCAAAAAGGGGCGAAUGGAGGAAAGGUAAACUAACUGCAAAUGCAAGUAAUAGGAACAAGCUUCUAGUAGUACCAGGAUAUUUUUAUUUUUCUGAGUUGGAAAGUGAAUCAUAGAAGACAUGAUGAUGAUGAUGAUGAGAUGAAAAUCCACCUUAUCGUAUUUUUCUCAAUCUAAAUAGAAUACACUGACUCGUCGUCGUCCAACCUGUCUCUAUCAGGGCCAUCACUCAGGAUAUAAGAAUAUGAGCAAUUAUGCUGCAAGUUGGGGAUACGGAUCUGGAGGCUAUGAUCAUGAUGGUACAAAUUAUUCUUUAAUGAAAUAGCAAGUCUUUGGUCUUCCUAGGUAUGUCAACGUUAUUGGUUGUAGAAGAUGAAAUUGGAGAGAAUACGAUCGUUAAUCUUGAUGUAUACUCCUGAGCGUAUUCUCCUGAGCCUGAACUUGAAACAAACUCUUUUGGAGUGAAGAUCUUCAUCUUGAACAUAAUUUAUUGCGGCAAAUUAUUGAAUUUGUCGCAUUUGAAGAUUGCCUAGGCUCUUCUUCAAGAUCUCCUCUAUGAUGCCUCACUCUUCAGGUGGUCAUCAGCAGAAAUAUUUGCCACCCACUUUGCCUGGUUAUUUCCAGAGUGAAAGUCCUGGCUCUGCUAAUCUUGGGCCAGCAGCCCCACCAGAGAAAGUACCUCCGCUACCGGAUAGAAGCUACAUAAGUUAAGUCCUUUGAGGUUGAUUCAGUAAACUGGAAUUGCUCACGAUCUAUCUCUAUCUCUAUCACGUUUGAUGUUCGAAGGAGGUGUGCCUUAAGGUUAAGGAGGUGUCCUUAAGAAUAUGGACGAAAAUGCUUAAGCUUAUAAGUACUUAUUAAUAUUAGUUUUUAAAUCACGUUUGAUGCUCAUCAAGAAGAACAUCGAGGCUCAUAUUAAUUCAUAUUCUUAACUCUUCGAAAUAAGCGAAAUCACUCACACUCAGUACAACGAACCUAUUUUUACAGCAAGCCUAGUUCAAGAAGUUCUUCAACAAGGUUAUAGCUAUUUCAUCUUGGCGAUGGUUAGUGACGACCAUUUGAGACGCAAUAAUGAUGAUGACCAACCUCCAGUCCAAUCCCUUCCCGUUUCGCACGCUGUCCACAAGCCUACCUCGCCGCCACCUAGUUUUCCGGCGACGUAGGCUUGUGGACAGCGUGCGAGCAUCAUUUGGUCGCGGUUUCCAAUCAGACAGAGAUGACAGUGAUGUGCCACCUUUCUAGUAGUUCUAAUCCCCUCCGGCUUCGCUUGCUGUCCACAAGCCUACGUCGCCGCCACCUAGUUUUCCGCCACCACCACAGCACCAAGCCGCCACGGAAACCCUCGCGCCACCACCUCUAUGAAGAAUCUUCAACGGCGCUACAAGUCCUUCAUUGAAGCUACCAAGAUUAUCUUUUAUCAUUUUCAUUAUCUUGACUUCAAGAACUAGAGGCUCAGUAGUAUCACCUCAAUCUAUCUUCACAAGUUCUCUCUUUUUCUCAAGUACUAGAAGAGGUUAAGUAAUUUCUUCUGAAUUGCUUCUUUCGCUUGUUUUUUUUUCUAGUUAGGUCUCACCUACUGGAUGAAUUAUCAAGUUCUGACUGUCUUAAGUAGAAAAGUAUGAUAUUGAUAAUCGGUUUUGGCUUCAUAUUAGCCUUAUCUUCGCUCCGGAGCUCCACCUUACCAACCUGACCAAGAUCCGCGACUUUUGGCAGCUUCUGACGCUGCUGCGACACACGCUCUAUACGGAGCAGGUGGAGCCGCGCAACAUCUUGUAGCUGCAGGUCAUCCCGCAUACGCAGCUACCGGUACUAUUGCCCACAGUUCAGGUAGCGUCGCAUCUGCUUACGCAGAGAGUCAAGCGUCAUCUGUGCAGCACCCUUUGCAGCGUUUAUAUUCGCACUCGGCUGCCGUGGAUCAUGGUAUGGCAGUUCCUGGUAGUAGUCACCUUUACCCGACGCAGGAUGUGCCACAGCGACCAUCAGGAAAGGGAGGCCAUAGCCACCUAGGAGCACAUGCAGGGGCAGCAGGAUAUCAGCACGUUUACUUUAAGGCUUGAGAAAAUCCAUCUUGUUUCCCAAGACGUUGGCACUGCCGUUCUGAAUGCAUGGGACCACAGCUGCGCCAAGAUGUUGAGCCUGAUGGAUUUAGUCACAAGGUCUAACUACUUGUCAGACCACCUACAACAUCAAGGAGUCGAUCAAGAUACGACCACUACCGCUACUAGUCAACUGCAGCAGCUCAACAAUGCGAAUAACAGUCGUCUGCCGAUGAUAAAAGGUCCAAUGGGACCGGGAAAAAUGCCUCCUAAAGUUAAGCACUUCCAAGAAAAAAAUUACAACAAUCGUUAUCUUCAUCAGACGAAUAGCUACCCUUCUGCUGGCCGUUACCACGCGAUCCAGUCCUACAGUGCUGCUGCUGCUGCUGCUGCUGCUGCAUCACUUCCGACGCCUUCGGGUUGCGGUCGCAGGCCUGGCAAUACGCAGUUCCCACAAGCUAGAAUCAGAGUCCCCACUAUGGAAGACUCCAUGACCGAAGUAGAGCUGAGGCAAGCGGAACAACACCUCGACAUUUUUCGUGGACAUGUCAUGGCACAUAUUGUUUUAUGAAGAGAGAGACAAUAAGAACAAUAACCGGUUGUAGUACGCCGUAACCGGUUGUAGUACCUCCUAAGUAGGAGAGCCGUAAGCGUAACGGCUCUCCUACUUAGGAGGUACUGUAUUACUGGGUCGGGGUGGCCUCACAAGUAGACACUUAUAGCUACGCAAGACGUACCAUGACAUGACAUUUGUCAAGCAACUAAUCAAAUUCACAACCGUCUCAUCGCGCAUUGUAGUUCUUGAGAAAAACUUCUAGUACAGACAGAGUAGGUUUAUGAUUGUCACACCAGGCGAGAUUGAUUACAAGCAUGACCUACUUACAAAUCUAUAAAUUUUAAUGCUAAAAAUGCAAAUACAGUUUAUAUUAAAAACGCAGCGACAACUUCACCAAUCUCUAAUCCGGACACAACACGGCUCCAAGAUGGUUCAGCGCGCUCUUCAGAAUGGUGAUCAUAUACCUAGUAUGCGCCUUAUUUUGUACGAGGUGGAGGACCAUUUACUGCACUUGAUGUCCGAUAGAUACGGAAACUAUGCCUGUUCGGUCAUAUUUUCGGCGUUGCCACAUGCGAAUAGGAAGAGGUAAUCAUGCGGUGUUUGCUACUGGUGUCCUGUGGUCUAGAAGAGGUUGCUUUUCCAUUUCGUCGGCAACAUCUUGCAUAACGAGUAAGUCACAACAUCUUCCGAAGUUGCAAUAAUCAGGAGGUUGCCACCUCCAGUGGCCACCUGGAAGUUCGCUGAUGUCGGUCUCAGCCCUUGAGCUGUGUACAUCCUCCGUUCUACUCACUCGUCUCACUGUCCCUCGCAUCCACCUACUCCAUUCGCCUCGUCCUUCCUACUCGAUUACAUCAGCAUGCACCUACUUCUUUACAUUCACUCCUCUUUUUCCUACGUUACUUCCUCAGAUUCCUCGUCUGCCUGACCGCGAGAGACAUCGAGAUGACAGCUCUGGACAAGCGUGGGACCCAUAGUAUGCAGGCUCUCCUAGACUGCUGUGGCGAUGAUCAUGCAGAGGGGGAAUCUUUUCUAUACUUAAUGCCUCACUUUAUAAUCGAUCCGUCUCUUACUUAGCCCAUCUGUGAUUGAGCUGUGUUCAAGUUCAACAUAGAAGAAAUAAAUGGAAAGAGAAGAGGUGGAUUGUAGUGAGUAGCUCUAAUAAACCAGAUGGACCAAGUGUUUCUCAAUGUGGCUUUGGACGUCAAUGGAACGCAUGUGAUACAGAAAGCGCUGCAAACGUAGGAUCUAUAUUAAUUAUUAUAAUUACAUUUUGUUAUUGAUAUUGUUUGGCAUUCAUUGCUUAUUCCUCCGGUUCUACUUGUAGUUGUUGUCAACGAGUAUGAAUUUGAAGUGCCGGCUGAUGUUGACUUCUUUUUAUUGAUGAUGUGCAGCUACGAGUGCGACUUCUAGUUGAAGAACAGCUUCUCGACGCGAUAAAGUUUCUCUCGCCUCAAUAGCACACUGUUGCGGAGUUUUUUCGACAUCUCCUUGACCAAUCAAAUCUAUCAGGUGGCCGGAAACCGUGUUGCGUGUUACUUACUCUGCUUGUGUCGAGUAUUUCCAAGAAUUAAUGAGCGAUGCUCAGGGAAUUUGCGUCCUCAAAGUGGCCAUGACGAACGCGGAUGCGUCAACUGCAUGCGAAGGAUUAAAACAAAGGAUAGAGGAGAAUGCUUUGGUGCUCUUGUUUGUCUUCUUGUUGUUGUUGUAAGUACUUGUUUGAUGAUGUCUAUUUUGAUUUAGUUGGAGUGGUCUCGACGUAUUCGCUUGAUAGAACAGCCGCCCGCGUGCGACAGAUACCUCCUCGCUGAAAAAAGCCGUAGCCGUUGGUAAAUAAAUUCCCCCGCGGCUCGUGAAAUCGGUGGCCGCCCGCGGGCGCUUGUGUAAAGAAAAUGGCGCGGGCGGAAUAUCUUGCGAGCGCCCGCGCGCGCGGCAGCUGAUCGGUGCCCCGUGGCGCCUGGGCUGCCCCAUACAUCCAGAAACCCCACGGGCGUGAAGGCUGCUGCGCUGGUUCAGAAAGUGCGCAGGCAGGGCAGAGAAGCGCUUGGGCCUGCGGGCUUCAAAAGUUUCCGCGGCGGGCCAGCGUAUGGACAUACUCCGAGCAUGCGGGCUCCAAAAGUAUGCGCGGCGGUCGGUGUGUGCCUUGGGUGUGUGCCUUGUGUGUCUGUGGUAGCUAGGCAGAGCGGGGGCUGUGCCCUCUUAAUGCCGGCUUUGUUGUCCUCGUCGCAAGCACUGGACUGGGACAAAGCAGGCAUCCCCCUUGGGGGGCUCCCUGGUGCAGGCGUCGCCGCUGAUCUGCUGCGUAUGGUUUGCCAAGUGGAGGCAUUGACCAGGGAAAGAACCAGGAACGACGGCGGGGCCGCUCAUGAGAGUGCGGGCGCCCAGGCUGUGCGUGCGUGCUGCUCCAUUUGCGGCCACAAGGAGGCGAAGGCGCAGCCCAUCGGCACAGGCGUCAGGUGAAAACGCCGCAGCAGCUUGGCGGGCUUGGGUGAACUAGUACCCAGCCGAGCCUGGAGGCGCUGCGGCUGUGUGCCCUCGUGGAGUGGGGUGGGCGCAGUUUGAUGCUACUCAGUUAAAACCAUGAAGCAAGGGGGAAAGAGUGAAAGCCGGGAGGGGGUGCAGUAGGGGUUCUAGAAUCUUCCCCAAAAAUGUAGUUUCUCACUGUCAUACUUUGGCUUAGUCUGAUUAGAUAGCUUGCCGCCCGGCUUCUCCUUUUUUUUUGAAUUUCAUUAGAAGCUAGCUAUUUUUGCACUCUCUUGAUAGUUACGUGGGUACAAAUGACUUUGGCUUCGCACUUGCAGGCGUUCGCGCUUUGAUGUGCUGACUUCUACAGCGAUAAUCUUACCAAGUAGAACAAAAUAACUACCAACACAUCAGGCCCUGGUUGAAAACCCUUUUGGCAACUACUUGGUACAGCAUGCUUUGAAAAUCUGGGGGUGGGAAGGCGGUCGGUUCGUCACUGCUCUCAUCGGGGAGUUCGCCAGACUAUCGACGCAGAAAUUCUCAAGCAACGUGGUGGAGUGUUAUGAUGACUGAACGAAUGAAGAUGUUGAAGAUGAGAGACACUGAGCCUCUCGUCGUUGUAAUCUGACCUGCCUCCUAACAUGAGCAGUAUUCGUAACUCGUAGUUCUACUUUCCUUUCCAAACCCGAUUACAUUCUGUAAGUAACAUAAAGAUGAGCAUAACUAAGGAAACUUUAUUAGAUCCUUUACCCCGCGAACGCGAUAACUACUGGGUCCACCACUAAUACGUACUACGUAACGCUAACUUGCACUGCCUACUUCCGUCAACAAAAUCUACUCUAAUGCCUUGUCCUCACUGUCGCCGACGAUGAUGAACUUCGCGCCGCUGUUGUACGCGAGAUCUUCGAUGUGAAUACCUUUGCGGAUCUCCUACAAAGCAAUUUUGCGCAGUUUGUGGUUCGGCGUGCGUUAUCCCACACCUCAGUCUCCGAAUCUGAGAGCAUUCGCGCACAGUUCGAGACGUUUCUAUCUUAAGGCCACAACUGUAUCUGUACAACUAUCUCUCAUGAAGUAGUACCCAUUUCGUGGAAGCCGUUAGCUGUCCUCAAGGAGGAAAAGAUCUCAGGAAAAGACUUUACCAAGAUUUGUCAUUAGGGUGGUCUUUCAAGAUCUGAGCCAAUGACCCUCAACCAAGGUCGCCGAGAUCUUUAUGGGUCACUUAGGAUCGUGAAGUCUUUGUCUUAGUCUAGGGAGGUGUUGAGCAGCUCUAACUACUAAAGGCUCGCUACCACAAGCUGCGACCGAAAUGGGCAAGAAUUCUGUUUCGCCAUGGCAAUGAAGGCAGGAUGGGACCUCUCGGAGCGCCUAGUACACCUGGAACUGUGCCUGGUUGUUAUGGAGAUCAUAACUAUAUCUAUGUACAUGCCCAGAAAGCGGGCCCAUCAAGCAACUAGACAGAUAAGAAAAGACAAACGAAGGUAGCCGCUAAGUCACCAAACUAGCGAUGCGCGGUUGGCUUAGAAUGACCCAGCAUGGACGCUGGCCAUGGCUAAGCCAGCAGGCUGGCUAUAGCUAAUCUAGUAAGCUGGAGUGGCUAUCGCUAAGCUAGCAGGCUAGCUACGGCAAAGCUGCCAGGUAGCAGGCUGGUCAUGACUAGGCUAACAGCCUGGCGAUGCCGGGCUAAGCUAGCAGGGUGGCCAUGGCUAAGCUAGCUAUGGCUAAGCAGCUAGCAAGCUAGCCGUGGCGAAGCUAGCAAGCUAAGGCCCUCAAGAGGUGGCCCUCAAGGAAGGGCCUAAUAUUAACCCAAUUUUAUUAUUACAAGCGCCCCCUUAAGGAGCUCCCUUAUGGGCCAUUUCUUGUCCUUAAGGGAGGUCUAUAGUAGAUUUCUAUAAUAUAGAUUGCUUAACUUCUAAGGAAUGCCAUUUUCUUAAGGAAGCUUCUUGCGGAGGCCUCUUUAAGUAGACAUCCUGACCACAAAAAUACUGCUUACAAAAUCAAUACUAAUAUAUAUAAGAAGUGGAAGUAAAAAAUCUACUAUGACACCCACAACAACUUCUGCACUCUAUGCGUAUCUAUAGUGAUGACGCUCAGGCAGCAAUCAAAAAGGACUGAGUUCUACUGGUGGUCACAUGUCGUCAAAUGCAAGGGGAAGAAUCGCGACGCAUAAUUAGAGCGACUUCUUUUAUACCUCUAGACUGGGCACACUCCUACGACUACUAGUGUCCAUCCUGUUCCUGAUAAAGAUUUCUUCUUCUAACCUUCCACAACCGUGCCAGGCAUGGAUGCGUAUGCCCUGAAUUCCAGUGCGGGUGCGGCAGUCCCAGCUCAUGGGUCACAGCGUCCUAGUUGUAUGUUCACCUCAUAUGGUGGACAACGCCCUCCGAACAACAGGGGGCCGGUGGCUUAUCGCUGA